AUGGGACGAAAGAACAAGAGAGCAAAGUCGCUGCCCGGAAACCUCAAUCAAAAUGAGGGAGGCUUUGAUAAGCGCCUCGCGACUGUUUUGCUUGCCAAGGGAUUUGUCUCGUCUCCCGAGGAAUCGAUAUGCCUAGCCGAGUCCAUGGUAGCAGAAAUUGAAGAAUCUGAUCUAUCGCGGAACGAGGCUUGCAUUGCAGCCUUCGAAGACUAUUUCAGCAUGUCUCGCCAGGGAGCUAUGACAACUCUGUCUAGCCUGUUGGAUUUAGUUUUACCGGUAGAAGAUAAGAAAGAUGGGAAUGACAACUCCUCUCAGGAAGGAGAAACCGCGGGGGAAGACGCACGCGAGGCAGAAAAUGACGACGAUGACGAUGGGGAGUACAUUGGAGAGGGCGAAUGUGAGCUUUGCGAAAGGUUCAUUCGCCUCACGCAUCAUCACCUCAUCCCGAGGUCGACCUGGCCACGCAUUUUGCCUCGGUUGACAAACGCCGCAGAGGCGCUCUCAAGGAAUGAUGUGAACCGAGCUGGUCUCAUCUUGGGUCCAGGAUUAUUGCAUCUUUUGGAACCUUUGACCAGAGCAGAUUCUGACAGAGGAGCGAUCAAAGAUUUGCUGAAGAGAACCUGCCGUAUUUGCGGGGCUUGCCAUGGUCAUAUCCACAGGACUCACGACAACAUGACUCUGGCAACCGACUUCAGUUCUACUGAAAACUUGCUGAGCUCUCCCAAAAUCUACGAUUUCUCCAAAUGGGCUAACAAGCAGAAAGCAGGAAGGUAUUCGUACUCGCACUCGAUGUAG